AAAAAAACCAAUGUAAAUUGUAAAUGUCUUAUCGUUGUAUACUGUGUAUUUGUGUGUCAGACACUCUUAAAUCUUUACUUCAAGUGGUUAUAGUUGUAUAUGGGUAAUACAAUUUUGCAUAAUAUACGAGAGAGUGUGUGUGUGUCUACAUUAUUCUAUAAUAUGAGUUUUAUAAACAUAGAUAGGUAUCUAUAUAGCCAAAGUACUUAAAAUAUAUUUUAAUGUCUAAUUAAAUCUUUGUCCCUAAUCCUAGUAAGAUUGAUUGGUGUUCAUUUGCAUAAACCGCAUUUACGUUUUACAUUUUAGCCAAGUAAUAAAUAAUUUUAUAUCAUUGAAUUGAUUAAAAUAUAUAUUUAUGUAUAUUUAUACUCAAUCGUUAUACCAAUUUAAUGGAUACCACGUUAAGUCCCGUCGACUACUUACCUGGUAGUGGGUAUACCUAUUCCUUCUAUGAAGAAAUUCUACAGCGGAAAACGUUUUGCCGCAUCAGUAGCUACGAACGCCAACGUUUGAAAUGUUGAAAAGUUUGAAAUUCGUAAGUGCUUGGUGCGUUAGGUUUUCAGGAACUAAGGAUAAAAAGCUAAACAAAAUCAACAAUUUCAAAACUCCGUUAAAAAUGUUUUCGAUAAAUAAACGUAUGUUGAGAAUGAAAUUUCACUAUUUUCUUUAUUUGGGUGGUGUUGCUUGUAUCGUAGGAUUUUCUCCAACCAUUGCUAAACAAAUGGGCUAUUCACCGAUGUUAGUUGGUUAUCUUUACACAUAUCUAUCUAUUUUAUCCUUUUUAGCCAAGCCUUUAACUGGAUUCAUAGUUGAUAAAUUUCGAAUGAAAAGAAUAAUGUUUCUAGCAUUUAUUUUUACGUGUGGUUUAACAGCAUUUGCGUUAAAUUUUAUUCAAGAACUACCAACGGAAAAUGCUGCAUUUUUAAGUUGUAACACCACAACAGUGUUGGACGUUUGUUCAAACAUUGGUGGCCAGUUGCCUGAAUGCGAUACCAGUCUAUCUAAGUUCUUAAAAAAUAACUCUGAGUCAAUUACAUGUCAAUUAUUUUGUCAACCUAAUAAAUCAUUUAGUGAUGAAAUAUGUAAAUCUUGGAGCAUGGAUUAUUGUAUACCACAAUACAACACGGAUACAAACAAUACACUUGAACAUCUCAAUGUAUCUUUGUCCCAAAUUAUAACAGAUCAGAUAGAAAACAAUUUCGGGUUUCAAGUAAAAUCGGUGCAAUUCAAUGAAAACCAGGUUUUAUUUCCCACGUGCCUAAAACCAGUGAGUACUCGAUGUGAGAUCGACUGCUCGAAUGAUGUUAUAAUGAAAUUAGCUACUAUGACAAAGUUGGAAGAGAGCAUUUUGGAAUUACAUCAGUUCUGGGAAUAUUUCAUUGUUAUGAGUUUAUUUUGGAUUGGUCAAGCAAUAACUUGGAGUCUUCAAGACCCAAUUUGCUUUGAUCUCUUAGGUACUAGAUUUGAAGAUUUCGGUAAACAAAGGUGUUGGGGAUCUAUUAGUUGGGGACUUUGCUCGAUAUUUGGCGGAGCACUUGUUGAUUAUUUUAGUGAUAGUGAUAUUCACAAAAACUACUCUCCAAUUUACUAUCUAUGUCUUAUAAUCGUAAUGUGUGAUUUUGUGGUAGCUUACAAAAUGAAAAUCACUGAGACAAUUGGAUCUAAAAAUACACUAUCAGACGUAUUCAAAUUACUAACAAAUGUGAAUAUUGUGAUAUUUUUCAUAUGGAUCAUACUAAUGGGUAUUUGUACAUCUAUGGUGUGGAAUUACCUUUUUUGGUAUAUGGAGGAUUUAACUCAGAAGUACCACAGUGAACAGCGAUUGUGGAUAAAAACAUUACAGGGUUCAGCCAUAGGAAUUCAAUGCAUUGGCGGUGAAAUGCCGUUUUUAUUUUUUUCUGGUUGGAUUAUCAAACGAAUUGGUCACACGCAAUGCAUGGCGUUAGGUCUUUUCACUUUUGCUAUUAGGUUCUACCUGUACUCUAUUAUAACCAACCCAAUUUGGAUACUGCCAGUUGAAUUCACAAACGGCAUCACAUAUGGAUUGUGUUACGCUGUAUUGAUGGAAUACGCAAGAAUCAUUGCUCCUGCCAGUGCUGUUAGUACUGUGGUAGGAUUUUCUGGAGCCCUGUUUGAAGGUGUAGGUAUAUCUCUAGGUGGUUUGAUAGGUGGAUUUUUUUAUGAAAAAAUUGGAGGAGUAUCAACCUAUAAGUUAUUUUCUGGCGGCUCCUUCUUUAUGGGCAUUCUUCAUGUUUCAUUUAUUGUGUUCAGUAAGAAAAAUGUAAAUGGUAUUGGUACCAUAAGUUGAAAUGAUUUUUGUUUAAGUUGUUGCUACCUACCAAAUGUAAUGUUUUUACAAAAUAAGUAUAAAUAACAAUGUAAAGUGAUUUAUGUAUAUUUAAGUAUACCUAUAAUAAUUUUUAAUAGUUUAUGAUUUAUAAAAUAUAUAAUUUAUUAAUUA